AUGCCCAAUUAUAUAGUAUGUGUUUUUGGUUCUGGCGGUGUUGGCAAGUCAUGUUUGACAAUUCAAUUUGUUCAAGGUAUAUUCAUGCCAAAAUAUGAUCCAACAAUCGAAGAUGUUUAUAAAAAAACGAUUGAAAUCGAUGAAAAGCGAUAUUCAUUAGAAAUUGUUGAUACCGCUGGAACAGAAGAGUUUUCUGCUAUGAAAGAUAUGUAUAUUAAAGAUUCUCAUGGAUUUCUACUUGUCUAUUCAAUAACAUCUCUAGCAACAUUCAAUGAUAUCAGUGGAUAUUAUGAUCGAAUACUGUCUGUGCAAGAUAUCGACACUCAUGGUCGACCAGCUAUUGUUCUAGUGGGAAAUAAAAGUGAUUUAGGAAAUGAAAGAAUUAUUACUCGUGAAGAUGGUCAAGCAUUAGCUAACAAAUGGAAUUGUACUUUUCUUGAAACAUCAGCCAAAGAUCGAGCAAAUGUUACAGAAGUUUUUUAUGAUUUAGUUCGACAAAUAAACCGUAAAACUCAAGCAUCACGACCAAGCAAACCUUCAAAAAAUAAUACCGAUCUAUCGGAUGGACGUGUGGAAAUUCGUAUAGAAUCAGCAACAUCAAAUUCGACAGGUCAACCGAACGAGAAACAGACCGGAUGUUGCCUCUUGUUAUAA